GUUUUGAGACCAACACCGAAAUUCCAGACCAUUUUUGGCUGGUGGGCUAAAGCUGCGUUCUCUGAUGGGUUACAUGGCGUGCGUUUGAUCCUGGGGUGUGCGCUACGCGAUGGCCGCGUCGGGCGGACGGAAGAGCGAGAAGUUGGACGAGGCGCAGGCGUUGGCCCGGAGCUGCGCGGGGAGACCGGACUUUCUCCCGUGCGACGGACUGUCCAUCUGCGCCACACACAGCCAUGGGAAGUGCUUCAAGCUCCACUGGUGCUGCCACUUGGGAUGGUGUCACUGUAAAUAUGUGUACCAGCCGAUGACCAACGUGUGCCGCCUCCCCAGCACCCCAGUGCCUGCCACGCCCACAGACCACCCCCAUACCAUGGACCUGACAGUCUCAUUGGCCGAACGCUUCCUCAUGACCGCCCCCGCCUUCCAAGCCCCGCCCUGCCUGGAGUCGCCAAAGUUCUGCAUCAUCUCAGACCUCUUCGUGGACGACUACAUGGUCAAACGCAUCAAUGGGAAGAUGUGCUAUGUCCAGAGACCUCAACCUUCAACCAUGCCCAGCCCGCCUCAAUCACAUCCUCCUCACCCCAGGUCCAAACCCCACCCCCAACGGACCCCCAGACACCACACACCCCCAGCCCAGACCACACCCCCAGGGCACCAAGCCCAGUGCCCUGGGGACAAGGUCACCACCCCCAAAAUAGACCACUGCUCCUCCCCGUCCAGCUCUGAGGAUUCUGGGAUAAAUGCGCUGGGCGGCCAUUACAUGGAGUCAUGUGACGAGGGUUCUGAGGAAGAGGAGGAAGACGAGGAGGAAGUGGAGGAGGAGGAUGAAGAGUUAAGUAGUGAUGGAGAGUCUAGUCCACUAAGUAUGUGGAAUCAAGAUGAGUGUUCUCUGCUCUCUCCGUCCAAGUCUAUGGUGGAGAUUAUUGAGAAGAUCGAGACAACUGUGUGAGACAACUUGCACUGUCGCGUUGAAAUAGAGACGAUGAGAAAGUGAUCUAACCGGUUCAGCUUAGAGCCACACACACCCACACACACACACACACACACACACACACACACACACACACACACACACACACACACACACACACACACACACACACACACACACUAGCCUGUCAACGUUCCUCUAACUUAUACUAAUUGUACAACAUCAAAACAGUUACCUGUUACCUAUGAACUUUGACCUUUCACCUGUUAUAGCAUGGUUAUCUAUGACCUUUCACCCUGUUAUAGCAUGGUUACCUACGGCCUUUCACCCUUUUAUAGCAUGGUUACCUACGGCCUUUCACCCUGUUAUAGCAUGGUGUACCGACCGCAUUCUACUCUGGAGGGUUUUCACUUAUCUUUCCAGACCAGUAGUCAGCUGAACGAACCCACAAAUGAACAAGAGCACAAAUGUAGGAAUAAGUGAAUGUGAUCUAGUCCAUAACCCAACACACUUAAAGAAGAGCACGAUGUGACCAAACACAUUCUGAGGAUUCUAAGUCAUGAGGCUACUACUUUUUACACAACAAUCAAGGUUGAAACCCAAAUGGCACUCUAUAUAGUGCACUACUUUAGACCAGGGCCCAUAGGGAAUAGUGCAC